UUUAUUUUGGACAAAGACUUGUAGAGUAAACAAACGUAGUUAAAAUCCUCGAUUGUAUAUGACGCCCUAUCGACUUUGAUCCAUUCGUCUUAAAACCAAAAUGUUAACUCUUGAAGUGGUACCUGAACGUUCUUUAGGCUGUGAACAAUGGGAGUUUGUUGUGGGAAUGCAUUUUUCGCAAGCUGUAGCUAUAAUACAAUCUCAAGUAGGAGUCAUCAAAGGUGUUCAAGUUCUCUAUAGUGACACUAAACCAUUAGAAGUAGACUUAGUCAUAAAUUUACCUCAAGAUGGAAUCAGACUUUUCUUUGAUCCAAUAUCACAACGACUGAAAAUUAUUGAAAUAUUCUGCAUGAAGUUAGUCAAGUUAAAAUACUGUGGUUUGAUAUUCAAUUCACCUGAGGUAUUACCUUCAAUAGAGCAAAUAGAGCAUUCCUUUGGAGCCACACAUCCUGGGGUUUACGAUUCUGAAAAACAAUUAUUCAUGUUAAACUUUCGGGGACUCUCCUUUUACUUUCCCGUUGAAUCUAAGUUUCAAAGUGGAAGUACACAUAACUUGGGAUCCCUUCAGUUCCCUCCCGGAAAUUCUCCUUUAGUCUCCAGGCUAGCAAUUUACUGCGGGUCGAACGUAGAUCAAGCGUAUGCCCCAGAAUUACCCCUAUCGUGUUAUUAUGGUCAGUUAUACUUGCAAAAGGCAGAGAUCUUGAGGGGAGACUCUUAUACCAAGGGUUUAAGAUUACACCUUUUAGCAGGUACAAAUAGUCGGUUAGUAGAUUCAAUGAAAGUACAGUUUGAACGGGAAGUUCUUCUGGGUCAUUCUGCCCAGGACGUAGCGUCAGCUCUAGGGUCCCCUUCCAGGGUAUUUUACAAAAGCGAGGAUAAAAUGAGGAUACACAGUCCCAAUGCUCACCGCAAAAUAGCGGCGACGAGGAGUGACUACUUUUUUAACUACUUCACUCUGGGUUUAGACAUUUUGUUUGACGCUCGAGCUCAUUAUGCAAAAAAAAUCGUAUUGCACACCAACUAUCCAGGACACUACAACUUCAACAUGUACAUGAGAUGUGAAUUUGAUCUAUCCUUAGACGGAACGGACAUAACAGCAUAUAGCCAUUGGGACGACAUAUGCAAGAAAUUAACACCAAGUGAAAGGCCAGUAGUUCUGAACAGAGCAAGUUCCACGAACACCACAAAUCCAUUCGGGAGUACACUGUGUUACGGAUAUCAGGACAUCGUGUUUGAGGUCAUGCCAAAUCAUUACAUAGCGUCUUUGACCGUAUAUGGAGAUGGUAGACCUUAUGAAAGCGAGUCGAAAAAUGCGUGACAGAGGCUCUCCGCCACCUACCUCAUUCUGAAAAACAGGUACUGGCAACCCCAAAAUAAUUUCAUUUGUGCAAAAGCUUCUUAAUAAUGUAAUUGCCUAAACUUAUACAUUUUAUUUAAAGUAUAGUUAAAUCUAGCAAAAAAAAAAAGAUAAAACAAGGUUACAAUAACGGUUGUCGGUUGUUGUGAAAAAAAGUAGAUAUUCUUAUCUAAAAAUGAUAAAAAAAAGAAAAAGAGACAUAACUGCCUGGCUUGUUCACUAUAGAGAAAAGUAAAUACAUUGAUUUUAAUCAUUAUAGUAUUGUAUACUAUAUAAUUUAUUGUAUAGUAACAUCUUAUGUGUUACAUUGUGUUGGUGAGAAAUGGCUAAUGGAUAUCGUCAGGGAUUCAGUUUUGCUUCUAAGUAUAAAAAUAUAUUUUUAGAAUUAGGGGAUUCAUUAGAGAUAGUUUGUGGAGUAUACUCAUAAAAAUACAAAAAGAAACUCGACUCAAAAAAAGACAAGAAUAUUGAAUAAAAAUGUAUAAAUACAAUGGUGUGAAUAUUAUAGUUUAAGAUUAAGCAUGUUCUGUUCAUAUAUUUUUUUAUUUAAGUCAAAAAUCAUAAUUUUAACAAAAUGAAAUCUUAUUAAUUUAUUUUUCUUAAUAUUUGCAACACAUAAGGUUUUACUCUUGCAAUGGGGAUGUCCCAAUAUAUUUAUUAAUAUACUGUCUUAUUUUAAAUCUUAGUGCAAUGUAAAAAAUAAGGAUUUUAUAUUAUUUUUGAUAGUUUAACAGUUGUAGUUUGCUACUAAACCAUGGACAGUCACCUAUAUGCAGUGGUCCAAUAAAGGGUACAAUUAAACCAAAAUUUUAAAAGUAAUUACCAAACCAAAUAUUUAAAUAAUCAUCAGAAGUGCCAAUUUUGAUUCACAGAGACCGACAUAUCACCCAGUAUUAGUUUAUACCGGACCAGAAUUCUCCCUAAGUAAUUAUAAAAAAUUAAUAAGAAAUUAAUUAAUAAAGUUGCUUAUAAAAAUAUGUGGGACAUGUCCAUUUCCAUAAUAUUAUCAUAAGUUAAUGUUUAAUACUUAUAGGACAUAAAGGAAAACUAGAUAAUUGUAUAUAUAUUUUUUAAAUUUAAUCACCUGUACAUUUAUUUAAAAGGCAUUAUGGAGGUAAUACAAAACAAUUUUUGUGAGGUUGAGGACAAGUAUUUAAAUAAGUAAAAGCUUUUCUUCAGUAACAGUACUUGCUAGAAAAGCAAUGAUCUCACAAUUUGAUUAUUUAAUGUCCUCUUAACAAAUUUAUUUUUCACUUUGGAUAAUUUUGAUUAAUCGAAAUUUCAAAAAGCCAUAUGAAGUAGUUAAGUAAAUGUAUAAACGGAAUAUACCUCAGAAUUGUUUUGAAUGUAAAAUCCUCAUAAAAAUAAUCAAUAUGAUAAUUUAGAUUGAGUGAUUGUGAAAUAUUUAAUUAAUUUAUGUACAUCCCAUGUUUAUAUUCUCAAUUCUUAUUUACUAAAUGAAAAUAUAAAAUAUCCUCCACUGGUUGUUGCAUUGGUCAAAACAUACAAAUCUGUGACAUUGAGAAGAUGCGAAAGUAGAACACAACUAAUUUAUUCUUCCGUUUAAUUUUUGAUUAUAACGAUGAUGAAAGUUUGUAAAAUUUUUAAUGGAAAAUGUACUGGAAAAAUAAAAUUUAUCCCAAAAUUACAACAAUUAACAAAACGAGUCUUUUUUUGCCAAACGUGAGAAACCAUCGGAAUUGUUCCUUGAUCGUAUUAGGAUUGAUGAUUUCAAAAUCAGCUUGUAAAAAAUCAGAAUAGUACCCUGCAUAUCUGUUUGAAAAGUAAAGAGAUUGAAAAUCAACUUUAUUAUUUACUGCUUUUACCUUGUUUAUUUAUGAUGUACAGUGUCUUUAUAAAUACCCGAGUCCCACGUGAUGGCGACUACGAGCCCUAACACAUAAAUGUUCGGACACGUCAGUUAUUUCAAUAAAUCACUCUCGAAAAACGUAUAAACUAACUUUUAUUUUUCUCACUUUAAUUUGUGAUUACAAUGCAU